ACGCGCAUCCAGUUCUAGUCUCGUAUCAUUGUCAAGUUCAAGUUCGGAAGGUUCAUAUCGUUGAAGCAUCCCAUUUCAUUUCAAAAGCAAAAUGAAAUCGUUCGUUUGUGCUACCGCAUUGGCGUCGAUGCUGGCCGUUGCCAGUUGUGCCCCGUAUGUAAUCUUCCUAGAGGAAGCUCCGAUUCGUGUGGUCCGGUCGGCAAAUGUAGGCCUUAGUGCUUCCGGUAGCGCUGCUAAUGCAGCAGCGCAAUCAUUCAAUCAGGGUGGCGGUUUCCCAGGAUUCGGCUCACAGCUUGGUGCGUCUUCUGCUAAUGCUGGAGCCCAGUCAUUCACCCAGGAUGCCGGUUUCGGAGGUUUUGGAGGUCUGAGUGGUUCGGCUGCGAACGCCGGUACCCAAUCUUUUACCCAGGGAGGACUCCUCGGAGGGGGCCUAUCAGGAAGUGCUGCUAAUGCUGGUUCCCAGACGUUUACUCAAGGAGGAUUUGGCGGUGGACUGUCGGGAAGCGCUGCCAAUGCUGGUACUCAAUCGUUUACUCAAGGAGGACUUGGUGGUGGCCUGUCGGGAAGUGCUGCCAAUGCUGGUACCCAGUCGUUUACUCAAGGAGGACUUGGUGGCGGUGCAUCAGGUAGCGCUGCCAAUGCUGGUACUCAGUCUUUCACGCAAGGUGGUGGCUUCCCAGGAUUUGGUGGAGGAUUGAGUGCAUCUUCCGCUAACGCAGGAUCGCAGUCCUUCACUCAAGGAGGAUUGGGAGGUGGCUCUAGUGGAUCGGCUGCCAAUGCUGCCACCCAGACGUUCACUCAAGGUGGACUCGGUGGUGGACUUUCCGGAAGUGCUGCCAACGCUGCAUCGCAAUCAUUCACCCAAGGUGUUCAAAUAGGAGUUCAUUAAACGGAUGUGUUCACAUAGCAUAAAGAAACGAUGACAAAUGGCACCUGUUCACGGUCAAUAAAUAUUGGAACACGAAAUAGACUGACGAUUCGAGAAAAACGAGAAUAAAUAUAAAUCAUGUUCGGAUUGAACCGUUACGGGCUCCCAAAAUAAAAACGAUCGCCGAUAGAAAUUAUGCAAAUUUUUGUAUGGAAUGUUUGGCGCUCCAAAACAACGCUAUUUGCUUGUUGUUGAUAAACAAAAUGAUAAUCAGCGGCUUCAGUCGAUGGAUGAAUAAUAAAAUGAAAAACCCAAGCAGAAA